AUGGGUAGGGACGACGAGCCGGUUGAUUCUAUGGAUAUUGACGGCCAGAAGCAGCAACAGCUAGAAGCCCACACUGCUGUACCAGAGGGGUUCAGCACUGACUAUCUCCGAAUCUACUAUGGAAAGCUCUUCCCCUAUGGUGAUUUCUUCAAAUGGCUUUGCUAUGGAAAUGAUGGAAAGCACCCUGGAUGUGAUCAGGCAUAUGUUGGACGUCGGGAGUUUUCACUUACACUGGAGAAUGACAUCUACCUGUGCUUCCAAUCCUUUGAUAAUGCUACUGAAUUGGAGAGUUCUAUUAAGGAGAAGUGCCCUUUCAAGAUUGAUAUUGGACCUGUCUACAGUGUAGAUCCUUCAAAGCGUCAUGCUUAUGCCCAAUCUGGCAAUAAUGUCUUUGUACCGGUGGAAAGGGAACUAAUUUUUGACAUUAUGAUUUUGGUUUCAAUCACAUACUCUGGAUAUACAGUGGGAGUCGUGGUGUCCAUUGCUGGGUCUGUGAUAGCGGAGCAAGAAAGCUCAGCAAUGAACAAAGGGCCGCGAUUGCUGACUACUUUCGAGUCUACAAGGCGGUCAUACACGGAUGUUCUUAGAAGCUUCUUUAAUGAUAAGUUGCUCCUUAACCAACAACUCUUUGCAUCAGAGGAGAGAUGUCAGAAGAUUCUUGAUCUUAUCCCUGACGAAAAUGUUGCUAGUGAGCUCCAUGGCAAGUGGCAGGGAAACAGACGAUCUUCUCUUUCAAAGGAAGAUAUCAAUGCAACCAGAUGGGAUCAAUUGAAGACGACUUUACAGUCAGGAAAGCACAAGGCUCAAGGGCUUCGUAGAUGUGUGGAAGAGAUUGUCUUCUCAUACACAUAUCCUAGACUUGACAUGGAGGUAUCAAAGCACAUGAAUCAUUUACUAAAAGCUCCCUUUUGUAUACAUCCGAAGACAGGUCGUGUUUGUGUUCCAAUUGAUCCCAAUAAUUGUGAUGAUUUUGAUCCUGCAGCCGUUCCAACUCUAUCACAGGAGGAACUGGAGAGUGCAUACAAUGCAAAACUCCAGCAAUCCAAGAAUUCCUUGAACUCGUAA